ACAUUGAGAAGUAGAAACUUUACAGGGAAAUCAUUGUUGCUACUUCUGGUAGGCUACUUCCUUUUUACGGAACUUGCUUAGAGCUUCUUUGAAGAAGGUCGUUCUCCAGGACGUGCGAGCUUUCUGUUUUAGUUUACUUCAGCUGGGGUGUUUCGGAAGGCAAGGACACACAUUUGACCAGGAAAGUGCUCAGGACCAAGGGUCAAGAGCACUGUGAGAACGCAUCACCUGCAGAUGGCAAAUGACAAGAGCAACGCUUUCGAAUCGCUUUAGGACCCAACAUUGGACUCCAAUUCACAGUCAACGAUAUUGAUGUAUAUCAGAAAAUAAGAAUGCUUUGCAUGCAUGUUAAAUCCAUAGCGUAUUUUUUAUUUUAGUUAAGUAUAUAUUGUUUUUACUUUGAGUUUGUAGACGUGUUUUUUUUCUUUAGAGGAGCAAUAUCAUGAAGUUCAACGGGUAUCUAAAGCUUAGAAUUGGUGAGGCGUUGGACCUCAAACCAACUACUUUUUCCCUUCGCCAUUCUACAAUGUUCAACAAAACAGCUCCCACUUUAGACCCUUACAUUGUGAUAAAGGUGGACGAGUACAAAAUUGGACAGACGCAUACAAAGCAGAAAACCAACAUGCCAACUUACAACGAAGAGUUCUGCCUCAAUGUCAACGACGGCAAGCAUAUAGAGUUGGCUGUAUUUCACGAUGCGCCCAUAGGGUAUGACGAUUUUGUUGCCAACUGCACAUUUCAAUUUGAGGACCUGAUGAAAACAUUGAACACAGAAGAGACUUUUGAAGGAUGGGUGGACCUGGAGCCAGAGGGCAAGGUGUUCAUCCUCAUAACACUUAAUGGCUCCUUCAUUGAUGAUGACGCCACGGGGAAGGCCAAGGUGUUCAAGCAGUUCAACAGGAAGAGGCAAGGGGCCGUGAAACGCAAGAUCCAUCAGGUCAACGGACACAAGUUCAUGUCCACCUUCCUACGGCAGCCCACCUUCUGCUUCCACUGCAAAGAGUUCAUCUGGGGUGUGUUUGGGAAGCAGGGCUACCAAUGCCAAGUAUGCACCUGUGUGGUUCACAAGCGAUGUCAUCAGUUGGUUGUCACGGUGUGUCCACGUAUGAAGAAGCCUGUCAAGGAGCCGACCACCAACCAAGGCUUCAGUAUCAACGUCCCUCACAAGUUCAACAUCCACAACUUUAAGGCACCCACCUUCUGUGACCACUGUGGUUCUCUACUAUGGGGCCUUGUCAGACAGGGUCUACACUGCAAGAGCUGUAAGAUGAACGUGCACAUCCGUUGUAAGGGCAACGUAGCACCCAGCUGUGGGGUCAACAGUGUGGAGCUGGCCAACAAGUUGGCAGAGAUGGGCCUGCAGGCCGGGGGCUUCUCCAAACGGAAUUCACUGUCCACUGGAGUGCAGGGCCAAGAGCGGGCCCUCAGUGUGAGGAGAGAGAGUGAAACCCCUCAGCAGCAGACCAGACAGCUGGGCAUCUCUGACUUCACCUUCCUACAGGUGCUGGGGAAGGGCAGCUUCGGCAAGGUGAUGCUGGCUCGGUUGAACAGCGGUGAGCGGGUGUUUGCAGUGAAGGUGCUGAAGAAGGACAUAAUUCUGCAGGACGAUGAUGUUGAGUGCACCAUGACAGAGAAGAGAGUGCUGUCACUGGCCAGCUGCCACCCGUACCUCACUCAGCUCUACUGCUGCUUUCAGACACCGGACCGCCUGUUCUUUGUGAUGGAGUUUGUCAAUGGGGGCGACCUCAUGUUCCACAUCCAGAAGUCCAGAAAGUUUGAGGAGUGCCGCGCUCGCUUCUACACCGCCGAGAUCACCUCUGCACUUAUGUUCCUGCACAGCAAGGGCAUCGUCUACAGGGAUCUGAAGCUGGACAAUGUGCUCCUUGAUAAAGACGGACAUUGUAAGCUGGCUGAUUUCGGCAUGUGCAAGGAGGGCAUGUUUGAAGGUGUGGCCACAGGCACCUUCUGCGGGACUCCUGACUACAUCGCCCCAGAGAUCCUCCAGGAGAUGCUGUACGGGCCGUCUGUGGACUGGUGGUCUCUCGGCGUGCUGCUCUACGAGAUGCUGUCUGGCCACGCCCCCUUUGAGGCGGAGAAUGAGGACGACCUGUUUGAGUCCAUCCUGAAUGAGGAGAUCAGCUAUGCAUCCUGGCUGAGUGCUGAGGCAGUCAAUAUCCUGAAAGCUUUCCUGACUAAGAACCCUGCCCGGCGUCUAGGCUGCGUGGCAGCGGAAGGUGGGGAGAACGCUGUGACUAGCCACGUCUUCUUCACUGGAAUCAACUGGGACAAGCUGAACUGCAGGGAGCAGGAGCCGCCCUUCAAACCCCGCAUCAAAACUGCAGAGGAUGUGAACAACUUUGACCCAGACUUCACCCAGGAGGAGCCCACCCUGACGCCCAUUGAGGAUCUCCUUCCCUCUGUCAACCAGGACGAGUUCCACAACUUCUCCUUCACCUCUCCUGAGCUGCUGGACGAUUAGGAGGCCCUGUGUGACCCCCCAGCACCUCCAGACUUCUGCUCUACCAACUGAGCCAUACAGGAUCCCAAUCAAUCAAUUUUAUUUUAUAUAGCCCUUCGUACAUCAGCUAAUAUCUCGAAGUGCUGUACAGAAACCCAGCCUAAAACCCCAAACAGCUAGUAAUGCAGGUGUAGAAGCACGGUGGCUAGGAAAAACUCCCUAGAAAGGCCAAAACCUAGGAAGAAACCUAGAGAGGAACCAGGCUAUGAGGGGUGGCCAGUCCUCUUCUGGCUGUGCCGGGUGGAGAUUGAUGUGUCUUGCUCUGGCUAGUUCACUGGCACAGUUGACUGGUUGGCACUGCCUUAGCCUGUAUCUCUAAUUUUGAAAGGCAGUUUAGACUCAGCCCUCGUCACUGUGGUAUAUGACUGUCUGGUUCUCUGUGGAGAGAGAGAGAGAGAGGUUACUCAAUGAGGCCAGAUUUUAGUCAGAUGUUGUUUUUCCAUGAUCCUUCCCUUUAUCUUUGGAAAACAUGUGACAGUCCUGACUUGUAACCUUGUGUAUUAAUGCGUAAUAAUGCUCUUACAGUAUCUGACUGCAAUGCAAAGCAAUUUUAAUGGCAAUUUGUCCCCAGAUAUGGAAAGAUGAAUUUGCCUUCAGGUACUUCAAGAUGAAUACAAGCUGUUUUUGAACUAAUGGGAAUUGUGUGUGUCUGUGUGUGUCUUUAUUAAUUUGGCAUACCUUUUGUUCAAUGCUGGGAUCAUUAUUCAACAUAACUGCCUGUGACUCUAGUACAAACGAUGGCAGGGAAAAGGGUAACGUAACCAGCACUGCAAAGGUUUCCCAGAACAACUGAGCUGCUCGUUAAUACUGGAAGGACUGCAGAGGGGGCUGUGUGAAAUAGUUUCUCAGUGAUGUAAGUCCUUUACGGAGAACACACACUCAAACACACUCACUCACUCACUCACACACUCACUCACUCACUCACUCACUCACUCAAUCAUUCGAGCAGAUACAUGUCAGACACUUUCCCCUCCACUCAAACACAGGGAUGUGGUAUGUGGAGAGAGAAGAGGAAGGGAGAGAGGGAGACAUUGUGUCUUACACCUUGUAUUCUUAAAAAGCAGAGACAAAACAUCUCACCCUGUGCCCUGUCAAAAUGGUACAUUGCUAAAGCUUUGUUCCCUGCAUUUAAGAUGGGUUUAUGAAAGCAUGUUUCUAAUGAGAACUAAUGAGAAUGUUUUAAUACAUCAUUUUCUGAAGGAAUCUUUUAUCAUUGGUCAUCAGUGCGAGAUGAUGCAACAUUUCAUCUGAAUUGAAUAAACUGGUGAUUCAGA